AUGAAGUCCUUACCAUUCAAAUCACAAACAUUCGCAAUUGAUGACAGCUGGAAAUCUACGUUUGACACCUACGAUGCUCCGAGUAUUGGCAGAGGCUCUUCCGGAACUGUUCUUGCCAUAAAUAAGAUUCUAGUCAUCAAGGUCUUUGCGGACGAUGAUGAAGGUCAAUUGGACUACGACCGCGAAACAUCGAUCUACUCUGAAUUACAAUCUGAACAUCAAUCGCCAUACAUAGUACAUUUUAUCGAGGAAUGGCAAUCUGGGCUAGUUUUAGAGCGACUUGAUUGCUCGCUCCGUAUUUAUUUACGCCAAAAAUCGCAACAUCCAGUGGAGAAGGUGCUGUCUUGGAUGCACGAUGCGUGUAAGGGAUUAGAAUUCCUUCAUAGCAAAGGCAUCAUGCAUGGCGAUGUCGGAUGUCAUAAUUUCCUUGUCAAUCGUCAGCAGCAUCUUAAGCUGUGUGAUUUUGCGGGUUCUAGGAGAGAGGGUGAACUGGCAAGAAUCAGCUAUGAAGUCCGUGGCCAACACCCAACUUAUCAAAGUGGCCAACCAACACGUGCUACCGAGCUGUUCGCACUAGUGAGUUUCACUCCUGAAUACGCUUUGUCUCUGGCACUAAAUCUCUUCAGGGUUCUACUAUAUUUGAAAUGUGUACUUCUGUACCUCCUUACGCAAAUGAGACAGACAGCUUUGUCCAAAACCAAUUCAGACAAAACUUCUUUCCACUCACAGACAUCAAUUUGGAUCUCAUCCGGCCAAUUAUUGAGCGAUGCUGGAGGGGAAGAUACUUCUCGGUGA